AUGGCACCUGUUAAUCAUCUGAAAACUAUAGUUGCUGGUCCAGAACUCUCAGAUACAUUUGUUAAGGAGUCUUGGGAGCAAUUAAAGAAUGUUGUUCUUCGCAUACUGACCAAUGGAACCGUAGGUGUAAGCACCGAAAACUUGUAUCAGCUAUGCGAGACACUUUGUCAGUACGAGAAAGCAUCAUAUGUGUACCAGAAGAUUCAUGAUCAACUUAGCGCUUAUGUUCAAAAUCAAUUGCAACUCUUAUCUACUGAGUCUCUAACGGAUACGGCUUUUUGCGAAACUGUGUACUCGUUAUGGAUUAAAUAUACAAACCAGAUAGUUCAGAUACGAUGUAUUUUUUUGUACCUUGAUCGUACUUAUUUUGCGCAUAACACGAAAUACGGCUCUAUUUGGGAUAUGGCGAUUGAUAUUUUUAAAAGCAACAUUCUUAAAUACGACAUAAUUUGGCAAAAAGUGUUAAACGGUAUAUUAACGAUGAUCCGAUUACAAAGAUCAAACAAUACUGUUGAUGAAGGAGUUUUGCAAAGGAAUAUUCGAAUGUUACUUGAUUUAAAUUUAUAUCAUUCAGCGUUCGAAAGAUUCUUGUUAGACGAAACACGCCAGUUCUAUGAUAAAGAAGGCAGCCAUCUGAUACAGACAAUGAACAUAUUUGACUACCUAGAUCAUGUGGCAAGUCGAUUACAUCAAGAAUCAACAAUAAGAAUAAGAAGCUAUUUAGACAAGUCCACGAAGUCAUCUAUACAGUCUAUAGUAGGAAAUGAAUUGUUGAUCAGAAGAGUUACCACUAUACUUGAAAAGAGCUUUCAGUAUUUCCUACAGUUGGAAUCAAUUGAGGAUAUCGAUUAUGCAAGAUUAUCUCUACUCUAUAGACUAUUACAGAAAGUCGACAAGAUUGAUAUCUGUUCAAGGUAUUUCACAAUGUAUGUUAAACAGAAAGGCUCUCGUAUCCUUCGUUCCAACAAUGAAGACGUCGUGCAAAAAAUUUUGAAAUUAUCUCAAUUUGAAUCACAAGUGGAUGAAGUGGUCGAUCACAGUUUCGAAGGAGAUGAGUUAUUCGUAGAAGGGUUAAAAGAAGGAAUUGAAUAUUUCUCUAAUCUUAAAGAGAACAACGUCAUCAAAAUUUUAGCCAAAUACAUUGAUCAAGUUCUGCGAAACUCCAAAAGAACACUUGAUCAGACAUUGUUGGACAAAGGCAUGUUCUUAUUUCAAAAUAUACGCGCGAAAGAUGAAUUUGAAAUGAUAUAUAAGCGUGAUUUAGCAAAGAGACUAUUAUUGAAUGAAUCAAGCCAGCAAGCGGAAAAAUUUAUGCUUGCCAAAAUGAAAGACGAAUGUGGAGCGGGUUACACGGGCAAAAUGGAAGGAAUGGUGAAAGAUAUAGAAAAGUCGGUCGAUUUAAUGAGAGAAUUUAACAUGGAAAAUAAGGGAUCUGUGCCGACGUUGAAUGUUAAUCUGCUCACAUACGGUUUCUGGCCAUCCUAUACACCGACUACAAUCAACUUACCACCUGUAUUCAAAAAUCUGCAAAAUGUGUAUAAUGAGUUCUAUACUGGAAAAUACAAAAGACGAAUAUUGACAUGGCAAAAUACCCUUAGCAUUUGUGAAGUUUUAUGUCAUUAUCCACUGGUAAGUUAG